AUGCUGCUCUGUCUAUAACAAGGCUUUACCCUUGCCAGUUCCAGUCACACCUUUUAAACGCCUCACCAUCUUCCAAUUUUACCUCUCCAGCCAGAUCCCUGUGCUAAAACCCCGACUCAUGUGUCCACCUGGCUCCAUGGCAUCUCUGCUGGGGCCUCUCAGAGGUACCUCCGCCUUAAAACAUGCAAGGCUGACCUCCAGAACUUCCCCGAUGGUGUCCGUGGUGCUGUGAAGUGCAGCCCUGAGCUUCCUGGGGCUCAGGUGAACAUCCUGGAUCGACUUCUUCAGACAGACCUUGCUCGAGGAAGGAAGAAGCAUCUGGAAUGGCUCUGUCCCAGGGACUGGUGACCUUCAGGGAUGUGGCCAUCGAGUUCUCUCAGGAGGAGUGGGACUGCCUGGACCCUGCUCAGAGGACUCUGUACAAGGACGUGAUGCUGGAGAACUACAGCAACCUGGUCUCCCUGGGAAUCUCUGUAUCUGAGUUGAAUAUUAUCUCCAUUCUGGAGCCUGGGACAGAUACGUGGACUGUAGAGUCGAGGAAGAAAAGAGCAAAAUACCCAGAUGUCUCACCUAUGUGUACAAUGAAAGUAUUAUCUGCAAAAGAGACCAUUAAUAAAGGAGAGUUUCAUGAAACAGUGAUUCCUGGCAUUGAAGAUGAUGACUUGAGGAAAGUCGGGAAAAACAUACGGGAAUUUGAGAGGCAGUGGGAAGACACCGAGAGAAAGUACAGAGGAAUAGCUAUGACCCGUAACAAGAAUUUCACUUGUAGGGACGGUCAACAUGAUCCAACACCUGUAGGAAACAACUAUACAAAACGUUUUGAAAGUACGAUUGGAUUAAAGUCUCAGUUACAUCUGGAUGAAAUAGAGAGUUGUCCAACUGAAGGCAAAAUGUGUGAUUCCAAUCAAGCCGAGCAGUCUCUCUGCACCAGGUCUUCAGUUUUACCACUUCAAACAGCUUCUCCCAGUGUGAAAGCCAAUAUUCAUAAUAAAUAUGGGGAGGUUUUUAUGCAUCCUUCAUUGGUUACACAACACCAAAAAACACACAUUAGAGAAAAACCGUAUCAUUGUAAUGAAUGUGGGAAGACUUUUAGCCAAAAAGCAACACUUGUUAACCAUCAGAGAAUUCAUACUGGAGAUAAACCUUAUGAAUGUAAUGUAUGUGGGAAGGUCUUUACACAGAAUUCCAACAUUGCGUUUCAUCUAAGAACCCACACUGCCGAGAAACCGUACAAAUGUAGUGAAUGCGGUAAGGCUUUUAUCCAUAACUCAAGCCUUGUGGAUCAUCAGAGAAUUCAUACCGGAGAGAAACCUUUCAAAUGUAAUGAGUGUGGCCAGGCUUUUAUCCGACGGUCACAGCUCUGGGACCACGAGAGGCUUCACACUGGGGAGAAACCGUAUAAAUGUAAUGAAUGUGGCAAAGCCUUUAACCGUGGCCCAAACCUCACUACACACCAGAGAAUCCACACUGGGGAGAAACCUUACAAAUGUCACGUAUGUGGGAAGGUCUUUAAUCAAAAUUCACAUCUUGUGAUUCAUCAGAGAAUUCAUACCGGAGAAAAGCCUUACAAAUGUAACGACUGUGGUAAGGCUUUUAUUUAUAGAUCAAGCUUUGUCAAGCAUCAGAGGAUUCAUACUGGUGAGAAACCUUACAGAUGUAAUGAAUGCGGCAAAGCCUUUACCUGUGGCCAGCACCUUACUAGACAUCUGAGGGUCCAUACUGGAGAGAAACCACACAAAUGUAGUGUGUGUGGCAAGGCAUUUAUCCAAAAAUCAAAACUUGUGCGACAUCAGAGAGUUCAUACCGGAGAGAAACCUUAUAAAUGCACUGAUUGUGGUAAAGAUUUUAUUCAUAGUUCCAGCCUUGUUCAACAUCAGAGAAUCCAUACCGGAGAGAAACCAUACAAGUGUCAUGAGUGUGGCCAGACAUUUUUUACACACUAUCAACUUUGGUAUCAUGAGAUAAUCCAUACUGGAGAGAAACCAUACAAAUGUAACGAGUGUGGCAAAGCCUUUAACCUUGGCUCGACUCUGAAUACACAUCAGAGAAUCCAUACCGGAGAGAAGCCAUACAAAUGUCACGUGUGUGGCAAAGGCUUUAUUCAGAAAUCACAGCUUGCAAAUCAUCUCAGAAUCCAUACUGGAGAGAAACCCUACAGAUGUAAUGAAUGUGGGCAGACUUUUUUUACAGGCUCUCAACUUUGGUCUCAUGAGCGAAUCCAUACCGGAGAGAAACCUUUCAAAUGUAAUGCCUGUGGCAAGUCAUUUAACCGGAGUUUACAACUCACCAGACACCAGAAUAUACACCUUGGGCAAAAAGCCCACAUGUAAUGUCUGCCAAGACAUUUUUCUCUCCCAGAGAUCAAAACUUGAGAAUGUCAGAGAAUCCACAGCAGGUUAACUCUACUUUUAUACUGAGUGUAUCAGAUCAUACAUCCUGGAGAGAAACUUAAUGAAAAUAAGGUGUGGCAGGACUUUUAUCCAAAGUUCUGGCAGUGUGAAUUCAUGCUGUAGAGAAACCUUACAAAUACAGUGACUGUCCGAAGGCAUUUUAUUUUAUUAUUCACCCUUUGGAGGUUAUGAGGAAAUUCAUAUUAGAGUGAAGCUUUAUAAAGGGCGUGUGCCAAGGCCUUUAAAUAGUGAAUUGACUUCAGACAUUCAAUUCUUGAAGGAUACAAACCUUACACAUGAUCAAUGUUGUGAGUCAUUUAACCAGUUCUCACGAUGGACUAUCAGUCCGUAAGAGGUUAGCUUAGUUUCUAAGGCUCACAGAUUAAUCAACAUCAGAUGUUAUAUUUUACAGAAUAAUUGCAUUUCUAAAUCUAUGAAAACUCAAAUAUAUCUCAAAGAAGGAAACACAUGGUAGGAACUCAAUCGUGGUUUUUGGAAAGGAUGACAUUUCUGUGAGUUUCAACUUGGGGUUUGAAAUCUGAUAUACCUGCACACUGACUUUUCAUGUGUCACCAUGAUUCUCUGUGAGAACAGAUCAGUGAGAUGAAAUAUUUAAAUGUGCUUUUGGUUGUCACUAUAUGAGUGACCAAACAGUUACAAAACAAUCUCCACAAAAAAAAGGUUAAAAAAAAACAAUCCCCACAUGUAUAGUUCAAUGGUAUUAAUUACUCAUUGGAUGGAGUUCACUUACUUUUAUAUUCCCUGGGGAAAACAAGGACACUGUAUUUUAAGAUAAACUAUGGAGAAAAGUCCUGUGAAUAUAGGACUGGGUGGAAAACACAGGCUUUGAUAUGCCAUCGGUAUUAAGGUAUUCAAGAACACGUUUAGUAGUUCCUGUGGAUCACAGGGAAGGGGCUCUCUGCCGGCAGAUUAGGACAUGCAGAAACAGAUUUGGUGAGAGCGGAAGGGUGGUUAUUAAGAACAUAAUGAAGGGAAUGAUGGUGAGCUCUCUUGAAUGACAAUAGAUGUCAUAGACAAUAGUAAAGAAAUGUGUUUUCUCAGAAAGUGAAGAGAAACUUUAAUCAGAAGAAUUUAAUCAAAAGGCCAGAAUUAUGCCCAGGAUUACCAUUUAACAUCUGGGAAUGCGUUUUGGUAAUGUUUUAUUUAGA